AUGAGGCCAUGGGAAGUGUAUCGAGCUACCCAAGUCAAGAUCUACUCCUCAAAGACGUGCGCUCAGCUUUGGAGACCAGAUCCAAGGCCGCAGGGCGUCAACCACGAGUGCUUGUUAUUGGUGCUCUGGGCUGUUGCGGUCGUGGCGCCGUCGAUCUUUGCAAGCAAGCCGGCAUAUCGGACGAAAACAUCCUCAAAUGGGACCUACCAGAGACUAAGAAGGGCGGGGCCUUUCGAGGAAAUCGUUGAGUCGGACGUAUUUGUGACCAGCAUUUAUCUGAGCGAGCCGAUCGCGCCUUUUAUCAACAAGGAAUCCCUCUCGUCCCCGAAGCGCAACCUGUCAGUUUUGUGUGAUGUUAGUUGUGACACUACGAAUCCUCACAACCCGAUCCCUAUCUACGACGAGAACUCUACCUUCAAAACCCCGACACUCCCGGUCCCGGGGUUCGAGAACCCUCCGCUAUGUGUGAUCAGCAUAGACCACCUCCCCUCCUUGUUGCCGAGGGAAGCUAGCGAGGCGUUCUCGCAGGCUUUGCUGCCGAGCCUACUGCAGUUGAAGGAAAGGAAGAGUGCGAGGGUGUGGAAGCAGGCAGAGGAGUUAUUCAAUGAAAAGGUGAGCACGCUGCCAGAGGUCAUGACGGGCGCCUGGAAGAAAAUCACCGGCACGGAGACCGGCGAGGUAAACGGAUCAACGUAG